AGAAACCAUAAUAUGAUAAAAUGUAGUUAAAUUAUUGGAGAAAUUGAGGUUUUCACCUAUUUACAACUUUGUUAUAGCUAAAAUAUGAUGUAAUAAGAGGAAAAUUCUAAGUAAUUUGACUAAAAUUACAUGUAAUUUAGGCGAGAAUGGGGCCAGAAUAGGGCGGGUCAGGGCGGGUCGGGUGAUGAAAAGUACCCAUGCCCACCCCGACCCGUCCCAAAACAGGGUAAAUAGACUGAGUAAAUCGGAUCAGGUCGUAAUUGUCAUCCCUAAAAGGGCGUCAUACUCCAAUCCAAAAGAGCAAGUGAGACUUUUGACUUGUGAGGAUUAGAGAUAACCCUCCCUCUAUGACACUCGUUGACUAUCUAUGAGAACGUGCUCAAGAUCAAUUGAUGAAUUAAGAUUAAACAUUUUACGGUUAUAAUUUUACACAAAUCCAUCUAACAAUCACGGAGCGUUCGUUCAAGAUACAAUUUAACGGUUGUAUGAUCCUGUGAGCAUGUUCUAUGUAUAGGCCUGUGAGCGUUUAAGCAGAAGAAGCUCCCAAUGGGCCAGAAAGGAGGCUCUUGAUGGGCCAGACUGGGUUAAGCGAGCAGGCUGUUUAUGGUGUAGCCUCAAUUUCUAGUCGGCUUCCAAGUUCUCGACUUGGCAGUUGGGCCAAAUUCUCAUCAUCCAUGUUCUCUUUUGUUGUAUAAUUAUUCUGUUCUAAGUAGAGCUUCAAUGGCCUCACUUGGAUUAGAACCCGGGAUUUACAACUCCCAAAUCUUUAUUGUCGUGGCAGUUUUACCGUGAGUCUAUCAUAACUUUGGUGAUGCAAGUUAACUAUUUGACCAGACGUGUGAGGACAUGGUUGAGAGUUUCCGUUGUUCCUAUUCUAUUUAGGUGGAAGCAUAUAUGCUAUUAUUAUUAACACAGUUUUAUUGGCAGCUCAAGAGUCGUGUCCAAUGUGUAGUCUGAUUGUCAAAUAUUGACUGUUGCUCUGAUAUUUGGCCAAUGCAGUGUUGGGCUACUGUAGCUUGUGUCAUAUAUUCAUUCUCUACUCUUCUCUUCGAUAUCUUACUUUGUUAGCAGAUUGGGUUCCUCGUAAUACUCGCUUAUAUCUUUAGAGAGAAUGAGUUGUUAUUUGCUCAUCUUUUAUCUCCACAACUGUAAGAAUAAAUAUUUCCAAUGAUUUUGAUAUGGAGUAAAAUAUAUCUUCUUUUAAAAAACAAAACUCUUUGGAUAAGAUAUGAAUGAUCUUUUAUUCCAAAAGCGAUUACAAUUUCAUAUUGUUGUGAGGAAAUACAAUCGAUUACUGAAUUGCUCGUCUCGUUAGAUUUAUCAUAGAAUUCAAUACUAAAUAAAUCGUGUCUGGUAUUUUCUAUAAAAAAAUAUUUAAAUUAUAUAUAGAAAACACCCACCAAUAAAAUGCCCGAGAACUGGAAUGAUACUUUCAUCACCAUCAUCCCCAAAGUGGAAGCACCCGAACAAAUCAAUCAAUUCAGACCGAUCAGCUGUUGCAAUUUCAGGUAUAAAGUCAUCACAAAAAUCAUGUCCAACAAAUUACAACCUCUGCUGCCAGAAUUGGUCAAUGAACUCCAAGCAACAUUAACAGGAGGGAGGCAAAUACAAGAUAACAUCAUUAUUGUGCAUGAGGUCCUCAACCAUUUCAAAAAAAAAAAAAAAAUCAGGAAAUCGAAAGGAGAUGAUGAUGAAGCUCGACAUGAGGAAGGCUUAUGAUCUUGUUGAAUGGGAUCUCCUCAUCACCCUUCUCAAGGCGUAUGGCUUCAACGAAGUUUGGUGUGGAUGGAUUGUUGCCUGCAUCUCCACAGUCUCCUUCAAUGUGCUCAUCAAUGGGGAACCAACUGCCAACUUCAAACCAUCUAGGGGUAUCCGACAAGAGGAUCCCCUGUCCCCCGUCCUCUUUAUUUUGAUGUCGAAUGCACUGUCCUUCCUGGUUGAAAAGGCGGUUUUGAAUAAUGAGAUCAAAGGCAUUAAGCUUAACAGAACGUGCCCUACACUCUCCCACUGCUUAUUCGCAGAUGAUACAGUGAUCUAUGGAGAGGCUUCGUGCGAGGAAGCGGGGAAGAUUUUGGACAUCCUUCAACAAUAUGGAGCGAUCACCGGUCAAUAAGUGAAUAGGGACAAGUCAUCUAUAAUCUUUGGCCACAAUGUCACAGGUGAAGAUCAAAGGUGGAUCAUCCAAGAGGCAGGUUUUGAUCCUAGGAACAGCCAUACCAGCUAUCUGGGAGUUCCAACAGUUUGGGGCAGGUCGAAAAAAGAAACAUUCAAUUACCUCCUCCAACGCAUGGAAUCAAAAGGAGAGGCAUGGAAGAGCCUCCUCCUCUCACUAGGGGGAAAAGAAGUUUUACUUAAAGAGGUUUUCCAAGCAGUUCCUACCUACAUUAUGAGCCUGUUCCUCCUUCCAAAGUGCACAACGAAGAAAAUGGAUUCUAUGCUUAAAAGCUUCUUUUGGGGGGGCUCCUUGGUGAAACGAACUAUUCAUUGGAGGGCUGGACAUGUUCUGUACGCACCAAAAGAAGAGGGAGGGCUUGGAUUUCGACCCUUUCACACUUUCAACAUGGCACUCUUGGCCAAACAGGCUUGGAGAAUCCUCACUAACAAGGAUGCCUUGUGGGUCAAGGUACUGAAAAGUAUUUACUUCCCCAACUCGGAUUUCCUGAAUGGAAGAAAAGGCAGCAAAGCCUCGUGGAUUUGGUUGAGCCUUUGUGAAGCAAAAUCAUGGAUGAGACAAGGGCUGAUUCGAGUUAUUGGCAAUGGUAAAUCAACAAGAAUCUUUCAU